AUGUCUGAACCCAUCAGAAAUAAGAAGGCUGAUUUCCCGGUCGCUCCGACCCCGCAAAACACCCCAGCCAACAAUGCCCCUAUCUCCUCGCACGCCCAACAGCCCGGUGUCUCCAGCAUCAGUGAAGAAACCAUGGACAAUGCGGCAGCAGCCUCUCUCUUUGCUCGCAACCCCGCUCUGAUGUCGAUGAUCCAAGGCAAGCUAGGCCAACUCGUUGGUCGCUCAUCAGGCUACAUUGAGUCUCUUCCCCCAGUCGUCCGCCGUCGCGUCGCUGGCUUGAAGGGUGUCCAGAAAGAGCACUCUAAGCUGGAGGCCGAGUUCCAGGAAGAGGUCCUAGAGCUUGAGAAGAAAUUUUUCGCCAAGUUCACCCCGCUGUACGAGCGCCGGGCAAAAAUCAUUAACGGAGGCGUCGAGCCCACCGAGGAGGAGGUUGAGGCUGGCAAGGAGGACGAAGAGGAAGAUGAAGAUGAGGAGAACGACGAUGCUGAGAAGAAGGAGCAGCAGGAGGAGGGCGAGCUUACUGCCGGUAUCCCCGAGUUCUGGCUAUCCGCUAUGAAGAACCAGAUCUCACUCGCUGAGAUGAUCACUGAUCGCGAUGAGGAGGCCCUCAAGAAACUCACCGAUAUUCGCAUGGAGUACCUGGAUCAGCCAGGGUUCCGUUUGAUCUUCGAGUUCGCCGAGAACGAGUUCUUCACCAACAAGACCAUCUCCAAGACCUACUACUACAAGAAUGAGAGUGGAUACGGUGGUGACUUCAUUUACGACCACGCCGAGGGUUCCAAGAUCGAGUGGAAAGCCGAGAAUGAUCUCACUCUGCGUCUCGAGAGCAAGAAGCAGCGUAACAAGAGUAAGAGCUUCCAUCCCCCUCCAUCACGUGCCCACCGAGUCCUUUUUCAACUUCUUCUCCCCCCGCAACCUCCGACUGACAACGACGAUUCCGAGUCCGUUGCCAGUGACAUUGAGGAGCGCCUUGAGCUGGAUUACCAACUGGGUGAGGAUAUUAAGGAGAAGUUGAUCCCCCGUGCGAUCGACUGGUUCACCGGUGAGGCGCUUCAGUUCGAGGAGUUGGGCGAUGAGAUGGAUGGCGAUGAGUUCGAGGAUGAGGAUGACGAGGAUGAUGAGGAUGAGGACGAGGACGACGAGGAUGAGCGGGGAUCGGACCGUGAUGUGGAGGACGACUCGGACGAAGAGGAUGGUACUUCUAAGCCCAAGAAGGAGGCCGCCGAGUGCAAGCAAAACUAG